CUCUGUGUCAGAUGAUGUCCUAUAAUGAAAUAUAACUCCGCUUUUAGAAGCAAAGGGGAAGACCCCUGAAGCGGCAUUGCAUUCAUCUUUAAAAUGUCCAGUCUGUCUCUCUCAAGCCGUGGCACUGGGCAGGUGAUCAAAAAGAAACAGGAGAAGCUGGAAGAGCAUUUUGAUUCCCAGGAUGACCUGAACUGGAUGUCUCCUGAAGCCCUUUGCCAUGUUAGCCGACUGCUGGAUCACAAGCAGAUCAUGAAAGAGUAUUGGGGGCUGUAUCUUCCAAAAACUUAUAGCACAAGAAAAGGCACACGCUUUCUCUAUUCGGAAGAUCUAGCCAAACCAUCGAGGAAAUGGAAGUUACAGCAAGGAUAUCGAAACCAAAGCCAGACAUUAUGCGUAGAACUUCAUACCCUUCAAGAUUUGGCACGGGCUAUCUUAGUAUAUGGAAGCAAACAGCUAUGGGAAGAUAAGAAAAGAAUUGCUCAGCAGCCACAUCUGUACUUCCUAAGAGAUUCAGACCAUGAGCUGGACAGACCGAUGAAACUAGGCUAUUCAGCCAAGAGGUACCUGCUGAAACUCGCUCAGAGCUGGGAUCCAAGUGUUUUGCAAAAGCUUCAGAAUGCAGGAUAUAUCAGCGAUCCCUUGUUGCUUAAGAAAAAUGCAGCAGAACUCAGGAAGAAAUUACAGGAACUAUCAGCUAUUCCACCAAAAUAUAAUCUACAUAUUUUCUAUUCUCCUUGCUUGUACUCACAGACUGAACUAAAAGAACAGUCUUAUUCAGGUCUUGGUCCUCCAUCAUGCAAACAGUCAGAGAACAGAGCCAGCCUGGUAAAAGGUGACACAGAACAUAAUGCAAGAGGAACAGCUCGAAUCCCUUUAAGAAUUUCAGUAAGGAAACUGAGUUUUCAUCUUCAACCACAACAUGCCAGGGAAACCACCUGGAGCCAGAAUGAGGCAUACUGGCAGAUCUCUGAGGACAGAGGAGUAGAAUGCCACCAAGGUGGAAAGACCGAGAAGGAUCCAGAUAAGUGUGAAAUGCCGAAUCAAUCAGUACAUUUUCCAACAUUGGGAAGUACAAGUAUUGACACCUCUGAACUUUGGUGUGAGCAAUCCCAUGUGAAUUUCUAUGGGGGUUUCCUUCCUGGAAGAAAGAUCACAUACAGUGUUAACCAAAAUCACCUGAAGAGCGCAGCUGGCAGAGGAAGAGGACUCUCAGAGGAUACCGAAAUGUUCCCUCUGAUUAAUCCAGGAGCCAGCAAAGAACAAGGUGAAGUCACAAAGAAGCACAGGAAGCAGGUGCCAGAAUUUUUCAAGUUACCUCAAAUAGCUGAAAGCUCACCCAGCAUUCAAAGGGAAAAAAUAAAACCCAGUGAGCUUUCAAAAGAACUUGUGAUCCUUCCACUGCUGGUUCAGUCGGAGUCCCAAACCAAAGUGAAAAAGUCAAGAGGGACUUGUUCUAAGGGACCCAAAUCUGAGACUGAUGUCAAUGACAAACAGUCAGUCCUUUUGCCAAAUGAUCUUGCUUUGGACACCAAACAUAGAAACAGGCAGAAGCAGACUAUCAACGAUGGGCUCCCAAGGGCUUCCCAAGGUACUUUCCAUCUACCUCUAGUAAGUCCAGAAGAGUUUGCUCUGAGUGAUGGGAAGACAAGGAAGAGAGAGGUGUCUACUGGAACCAACAACACAGAACAAAUAGAAAGUCAUAAAAGCACUUCACUCCGCAUCCUUCUGACCGGUCCUAAUGGAGAAAUCAUUUGUCCAUCAUUCCUGAGAUCUGUCCAAACUACUGAUAAUCCCAGGAAAUUUGAAUUAGCUACAGAUGAAGGAGUUUUAGGAGAGGAUGAACUAUCCAUUGAAGUAAGAAGGCCUGUUUCCAGAAGUCCACCAGAGAUUUCCUCUGAAGAUCAAGCGCCAAAUGAAAAGGACAGCAUCCAACUUUUUCUUACACUGAAGAAUGGAGACUAUGCCCCACCUGCACAUAAAAGCCUGGAAUCUCCCUUAACUCAACAGACUAGAAAUUUACCAAGAAACAGGACUGGCUCUGAAAAUCACCAAGACGUCACAGGAAAUGAGGGUGUUUCUGCUGAGUUUGGAGAAAGACAUCAGCCAAGUGAAACUUGUCUCUGCAGAAACAGCUACCCAUGGCAGACAGAGGAGGAAAAGGGAUACUCCAGCUUGCCACAAACAUAUAGCAUGAAGCAGAGGAACAGUAGUGACAUUAUGCAAGAUGAAGAGCAACUACUGGAUUCCUUACCUCAAUCAAGUAAUCUCUUGCACCAUGAACCACCGUUUGCUCAUUUGAAGAUUUCUGCAUCAGAAAUGGAGCCAGAUCCUGAACCUGUAAGUGCUCCCAUAAAGCCUUUUGACCACCAUGAAGAAAUUAUGGAGAAUCCAAGAAUGGACCUGUAUGCUUCUGAAAAGUUUGGAAUGGAGGCAUAUAUGACAACAUUGUCAGAGCCAACCAGCCAGCAAGCUGGGGCUGCCAGUCUGAAAAAGGUAUGGCUGGGGUUUGUAGACAGAAGAAAAUGGCUCUGUUUUGCAGCCAUGUUCUUCUGCAAACACACACACACACACACAUACAAACACACACAAAAAUGUGACCAGCAAAGAAUGCAGAUGUACAGUGUUGCCAUGUACCUGUCAUCUUACUGUGGGCAACAUCAUCCAGCUGUAAAGAGCAAUGGGAUUGAAAGACAAAAGAAACAGCCAGUACAUAAAGCUGGAGAUGGGUUGAAAAGACAGAAAAAGAGUUUGAAGAAAGAGAAAUACCAAAGUCAGACAGAAUUUGUUGUAGGGAAGCCCAGAGAGAAGAGGGCUGUUAGGAAAACAGUCGCUCACUCCAAGGGGGAGCCAACAGUUGCCAAAAGAUCAGCCAGUGUGGAAGAACGAACCCAUGGGAGAGAUUCAGGGCAAGAAGAUGCUGAAAUAGAACCUAUGAGGUGUCUUGUAGGAGAACAAGAAGAAGAAGGAGAUGGUGACCAAGGUCUUCCUGGUUCUACCAUCCUUGUGGAGGAGCAUCCCUUGGCACUUGAUAUGCGCCAGACUUUUAGUGAAGAGGCUGGCUACACUUCUGGGUUUCAUCCAGGGCCUGCUGCAUUUGACCCUAACCCUCUUUUAUUCUCCUUUUCAAUUGACCAGGAUCUGUCCCUGAGCAAAGAAGAGCUCAAACUAGCACGAGAUAGGAUGAUAGCAGAGAGGGCGGAAAAGAGACGGCUGGCAGUGGAGAGAAAGCGAAAGGAGCAGGAGGAGCGGAAACGGAAAGAGCAGGAACAGCAGGAGCGUAUGGAGAAAAUGAGGGAAGAAAUGGAACAGGAGAAGCAAAGGAGGAUGGAGGAGUUUCGUUUAAGAAAACAGCAGCUUGAAGAAGAGCGUCAGCACCAGGAAGAGGAGGCAGAAAGGGAACGACAAGCUGAGAAGGUAGCCCAAGAGCAGGCCCGGCGGUUCCAGGAGGGACAGCGUCGGAGGUUUUUGGAGAUGCAGAAGAAGAAGCAGGCGGAGGAACUGGAACGGGCAGAAGCAGAAAAACGCAGGCAGAAAGAAAUGGAGUUGCGGCUGGAGGAAGAACGACGACAGCUAGCAGAGAUGGCUGAGGAACAAAGGCUGGAGUAUGAGAAGAGGAGAAAGGAGGAGGAAGAGAAAAUGAGGCUUGAGGCUGAGGAGAGGAGGAGGAGAGCUGAGGAAGAGGCUAGAGUUGCUUUGGAGGAAUCAAGAAAGCAAGCGUUAUUACUCACAAGACAAAUGGCACAGCUGGAGAAGGAGCAACAAUUUCAGUAUCGACUACUUGUUGAAGCAUGUGGACUGGAACGAAGACAGGGUAUUUCACGUCCGUGGGUUUAUUCCUAUUUCCAGCAUCCUUUUUUUACAACAGAAGAGGAUGAUUAAAGAACACUUAUAUGAGGCUGUUGUCUUAGCCAUGCGCAAAUUUCUUUUUAUUUAGUUUUAUAAAAGCAGUAGCAAACUGUUGCAUUUUGGCAAGUUCUCCAACAGGCUAAGAACCAAAAUAUAGAAGUACUUCUAAAUGCUUUUCUUCAAAUUUUGUCUGGUCCCAUAGC